UCCAACAGCUUCCCCUUUCUCCCUCUCCUUCAUGUACUCUGUGUUCUGUUUCUUUCUUCUGCUUGGUGUCUUCACCAACAACUCUUUAUUCUCCUCGUAAGAAACCCAAGACCCAGGAGGACAGGAGUCAAUGGCAAAAGGAGGUAGACUUGAAGGUGCCCAUAUUCUUCAUUGCCCAAAUCUCAUUUAUUUGUUAUUGUUAUCCCCCUCUGUGUACUUUUUCUUCAAAGAAAUGCUUUACUACUAUUUAUCUUGUUGGACUGAAAGUACAGAGACAGGAGUUGCGUUGGGUUUGUUCUUACAGAGGGUUGAAUUGAAGGUGUCCGUCAACUGCUGCGAAGGUUGUAAGAGGAAAGUGAAGAAGGUGUUGCAGAGCAUUGAGGGUGUAUUGAAGACGGAAAUUGACUCAACGGAACCAAAAGUGACGGUGGUGCUUGGAAACAUCGAUCCUCAAAUCCUCAUCAAGAAGCUAAUGAAGAACGGAAAGCAGGUGGAAAUAUGGCCCUGCAGCAGUGAGAAAGAGAACACCAACAAUCCAGCACAGGUGGGAGAUCAAGGAAAGGCGUAUGGGGAGUCAGCAGGAUUAUUCACAAGUACUGGAAAAGAAAAAGGAAAAGCAAAUGGAAUUGGAGAUGGGUGUGGUGGUGGAAAGAAAUCUGUUUCUGGGCGGGAGCAGGAUCACCAAGGAGGAGGCAGCACAGAUAAUAAGCAGAGGAAAGAGAGCAGCAGUAGUGGGAGUAGUGCAAACACUAACACAAAGUGGGAAGACUGCAACCAAAAACCAGUAGAAACCAACAGCAACUACAGUGCCCCUCCUGGACCUCCUCCACCUCCAACCCAAGUGGUGAUGAGUUACACCCCAGCAGCCACCAUAUAUCCAAGCAUGGUGUAUGACACCAGCAACAUCACCUCUUCUGCAACAAGUACUGCAACAAAUAGUAGUAAUAUCGCUACUACGGGGCAUUGCUACAUGGUGGAGCCUUGUGCCAUUCCCCUACAGGCCGUUGCGCCCUAUUAUAUGAUGCCGAUGACGGGUUCCUACUCCGACUCUUCUAACUAUGCGCUGCCUCAUCAAUAUAACUAUGUCCCCACUGAUCACUUCUUGCACCAAUCGCUGUCACCCUGUUAUCCACCAGCUGCUCCAGUGCCCAUGUUCUUGGUUGGAGACUAUUUCAGUGAUGACAAUACAGUUGGAUGCCAUGUCAUGUGAAUUUGAGAUGCAUUAAGAGAAGAAAUUUACCUCUUCCUCUUCCUAAAAUUUUUUGCAUAUCAUUUUGAUGAUUUACUUGAAAGAGUGGGAGAAAGUGGUCGGCUUUCUAGUUCUGCUUCUGCCCUUCACCAUUGGCCAUUGGUAGCAAUUUCCAACAAUUUCUUCCAACCUAACACCAAUCCCAUAUGAGAUUAUAAGAUUAUGGUUGGAGAAAAUAAAAAGGACUUUGUUGGGGCAAAAGGCCACAGCUGCUUUCCGUGGUCUCCUUACAUUUGCUUAUGGCACAUGUAUGGACAAUCUUAACCUGUAGAGAGAUUCGGUUUUAAGGAUGUGUAAUUUCUAA